UGACAGCAAUGACAUGACACCAAAUGAUGAAUCAUGUCUAUAAUUCCCUUUGGUCAAUCAUCUAAACAAUCAAAGUCUCUGUUUUUAUAGCUGUAUGGGGAACUGUUAGUUUUGCAUAAUAUAAACGCUGACUCUGGCAGGUAGGUGGGGUUUAACGGGGCUGAUUAUUUACGGUACUUUUUGUAGCAGCAGAGCUCUCCGGGAUGGCAUAAGAGUGGCUAUUACUACGGGAGGAGAAAGCCUACCGACCAAACAAAAGACAAGAGCCUCGUGGACUCGUUCCAUCGGCGAUGGCACAGCUAGAGGUGUUUUUGUUCACGGCUCUAGCUCGCAUUUCGUCUGGGAAAACUGCUUCCUUUAUUGGCUAAUCCUGACCGGUACAUCAACCGACACCUCCAACUAUGGAUUGCACUGAAGUUCCACCUUGUGUGUUUCUGCGUCAAGACAAUAAGAAGUAAGAGGAAACCAUCACGGACGACUGUGGGUUAUUCUCCAUUCCGGACUGAUCCCCAUCUAUAAAGCGGGUCAUUGAGAAAUGCAGAAGUCAACGGAUUUUUAUCCGAAAUAGAUUUUGAUAGACUAUUUUGUUUCAAUCCUCGGCUGCAAUAUUCAGGAUAUUCCAUUGGUUGACGUGUAAAGGGCAUGGACACAAUGUUUAUUAUCCACUGUCUACGCAAGUUAUGUUUUAGCUACCAUAAAUUAUCCCUGUAGUUAGAAUAUAUGUCUUCGUGCUCUCUAUUUUGCAAUUAACGGCCUGGGAUGAUAUAACUGCAGUUUAGAGGAUUGCUUUGCGCUGGUAGGAAUAGUGCUCUGCUGUAGUUAAGCUCUUUUUAACAGAGAAAGGCCUGUCGGGAUAGACGCUACGCAGAUCGCCUAUAGGCUUUCAGAAAUACCCUUUUGUUCAUUUUGACAACAAACCGAUAUAUAUAUAUAUACAAAAUCAAAUGUAAUUCAUAUAAACGCAAGUAACCUAUUCUGGGCUGCAGUGUACAGUUGUAGGCUAUAAAGUGGAAUCAUCUGCCCACUACACUAGCAAGGUGACAGUAGAGUAGGUUUGCAGUGUGAGCGGAGUUCUCUGUGACAGAAGGACAACAACCAUGGCUCUGCCAGAUAACACCCCAGGCAUUCCCGUAGUGGAGGAAGUCAUCUUCCCUGAGAUAGUAGAGCUGAACGUGGGCGGGCAGGUGUACAUCACCCGCUACUCAACACUCAUCAGUGUACCAGACUCUCUCCUGUGGGAGAUGUUUAGCAGGAAAACCACCAAAGGGCUGGCGAGGGACACCAAGGGUCGUUUCUUCCUGGACCGAGAUGGUUUCCUGUUCCGGUAUAUUCUGGACUACAUGAGAGAUCAGCAGCUGGUGCUCCCUGACCACUUCCCAGAGCGGGGUCGCCUGCAGCGGGAGGCUGAGUUCUUCAACCUACCUGAGCUCAUAAAGAUCCUGGCCCCCAAACUCAGCAAGCAGAACUCGCUGGGUGACGAGGGGUGUCAGAGCGACCCGGAGGACUCCUCGCCGGGCAUCGACACCGGGCGCAACCUGGCCUCGCUGGGCACUGCCGCCUGCGCCAGUCUGGUCCCCAGCGGAGACGGUAAACGCUCUGGAUUCAUCACCAUCGGUUAUCGCGGCUCCUAUACUUUGGGGCGCGACAGUCAGUCCGACGCCAAGUUCAGACGUGUUGCUCGCAUUAUGGUCUGUGGCAAGACGUCGCUGGCUAAAGAGGUGUUUGGGGAGACGCUGAACGAGAGUCGUGACCCGGACCGACCCCCAGAGCGCUACACGUCACGCUACUACCUCAAAUUCACCUUCCUGGAGCAGGCCUUUGACAAGCUGGCAGACGCUGGGUUUCACAUGGUGGCCUGUAACUCCACGGGGACCUGCGCCUUCGCUCACGAGCAGACGGACGACAAGAUCUGGACCAGCUACACUGAAUACGUGUUCUACCGUGAGUGAGACCAUCAUCAGUCCUGGUCCCCGGGCCCCCAAGUGCUCCCCAGCCUCCAGCCCCUCUCCCGUUGCCUCCCUGGAUCCAGCCCUGGGUCCUCUUGCCUCCUGGACUCCAGCCCCUGCCCCCCCUAGUUCUUUGACCCCCCCUUGUGCUCCCUAGCCUCCAGCCCUUGGCUCCAACCACCAUGUGCCCCCCCCACUCUCCCAGCCUCCAGCACUUGGAUUCCUGCCUCAAGCCCCCCUGGCCCCCAGCCCCAUGGGCCCCUGCCUCAAGCCCCCUGGCCCCCAGCCCCAUGGACCCCUGCCUCAAGCCCCCUGGCCCCCAGCCCCAUGGGCCCC